AUGAAUUACGAACUUCAAUACCCACCGGAACAUCUAGUUUACGCAUUUGAAACACAAAACGAGGUUCAAUCGCUGGUCAACGCGGUUCAUUUUGCAUCGGGACCAUUUCUAUUGGAACAGACAGUGAUGAUGCAUGAAGCCGUGAAUGGUGUCCAACCUAACACUAACUCUACACGGACGAUAAUCCCUGAUGUCGUGGGAGUUGGUGGCGCCCAAAAUGGCCGCAAGCGCACCGCUGCGUUGAACGCCGACGAGCUUGUAAAUAUGAUGCAGCACAUGUCAGAACGCAACAAUCGAUUUGACCGCCAUUUAUUCAAGAAAAGAAAAUAUAAUUAA